AUUGGUCGAGCUGCAACAUGAGAAGGCAGGAUCAGUGGCGCCAUGUUUGCGUUGCUGUGUCGUACAGUGCUGCUCGGGUCAUUGAGUGGCGUUAGUGGAAGCCGAGCGAUGUGUGCACAGGUGGCAGACUGGAAGGCGGCCAAAACCAUAUAUGAAUUCUCAGCUACUGACAUUGAUGGCAACGAGGUGUCUCUGGAGAAGUACAGGGGCCAUGUCUGUGUUAUUGUCAAUGUAGCCUCUAAAUGAGGCAAAACCCCUGUAAACUAUACUCAGCUAGUUGAACUGCACGCCAAAUAUGCUGAGAAGGGUUUACGUAUACUUGGGUUCCCCUGCAACCAGUUUGGAAAACAGGAACCUGGGACUGAAGCUCAAAUUAAAGACUUUGCUGCAUCCUACAAGGUUGACUUUGACAUGUUCAGUAAGAUUGAGGUGAAUGGUGAUGGUGCACACCCCCUAUGGAAGUGGAUGAAGGAUCAACCUAAAGGCCGUGGUACCCUUGGAAAUGCCAUCAAGUGGAACUUCACCAAGUUUCUUAUUAAUAAGGAGGGCCAGGUGGUGAAGAGAUUUAGCCCAAUGGAAGACCCAGUGGUGAUUGAGAAGGAUCUUCCCACCUAUCUUUAGGAGCUCAUAUUGCACCCAGUGUCUGGCAGCAACUCUCGUUUUCAACCGCAAUGAUGAUGGUAUGCCUCAAAACCGUAAGGAGGAAGCAGACCGGAUGGUGGCGUGCACCUGUGGAGGGAAACUCUGGUUUGCUACCAGGAACUGCUUUGUACACAUUGAUAUCCCGAACGCAAUAAAUUUAAAUUUGUGUCAACUAUUCUUUCACAAAUGCACUCUGAUUUUUGAGAAAACAAUGAGUUAAAGCGAAACUAAACUCCAAUAUUAUCAAAUAUGUGAGUUUAGAUGGAAAUAAAUUGGAAAGUUUAAAAUUUAA